GCUUUGGAGAGAGAGCGGGAGGAGGAGAAGGCUUUGGAGAGAGAGGGGGAGGAGGAGAAGGCUUUGGAGAGAGAGGGGGAGGAGGAGAAGGCUUUGGAGAGAGAGGGCGAGGAGAGGGUAAAGGUUUUGGAGCUAGAGCGGCAGAAAGCUUUGGAACGGGAGAUGAAGGAGAAAGAGAGGGAGGAGAAGGUGAGGGCUUUGGAGCAAGAAAGAAUUGAAAGGGAGAUAGCCCUUGAGAAAGAAAGAACCAUGGAGAAUGAAAGAGGGGAGAGGGAGAGAGCCUUAGAACAGGAGAAGGCCUUGCAGAGAGAGAAAGAGGAGAGGGAGAGAGCCUUAGAACAGGAGAAGGCCUUGCAGAGAGAGAAAGAGGAGAGGGAGAGAGCUUUGGAACAGGGGAAGGCCUUGCAGAGAGAGAAAGAGGAGAAGGAGAGAGCUUUGGAACAGGAGAAGGCCUUGCACAGAGAGAAAGAGGAGAAGGAGAGAGCUUUGGAACAGGAGAAGGCCUUGGAGAGGGAGAGAGCUUUGGAACAGGAGAAGGCCUUGCACAGAGAGAAAGAGGAGAAGGAGAGAGCUUUGGAACAGGAGAAGGCCUUGCAGAGAGAGAAAGAGGGGAAGGAGAGAGCUUUGGAACAGGAGAAGGCCUUGCACAGAGAGAAAGAGGAGAAGGAGAGAGCUUUGGAACAGGAGAAGGCCUUGCAGAGAGAGAAAGAGGAGAAGGAGAGAGCUUUGGAACAGGAGAAGGCCUUGCACAGAGAGAAAGAGGAGAAGGAGAGAGCUUUGGAACAGGAGAAGGCCUUGCACAGAGAGAAAGAGGAGAAUGAGAGAGCUUUGGAACAGGAGAAGGCCUUGCACAGAGAGAAAGAGGAGAAGGAGAGAGCUUUGGAACAGGAGAAGGCCUUGCACAGAGAGAAAGAGGAGAAGGAGAGCGCUUUGGAACAGGAGAAGGCCUUGCACAGAGAGAAAGAGGAAAAGGAGAGAGCUUUGGAACAGGAGAAGGCCUUGCACAGAGAGAAAGAGGAGAAGGAGAGAGCUUUGGAACAGGAGAAGGCCUUGCAGAGAGAGAAAGAGGAGGAGGAGAGAGCUUUGGAACAGGAGAAGGCCUUGGAGAGGGAGAGAGCUUUGGAACAGGAGAAGGCCUUGCACAGAGAGCAAGAGGAGAGGGAGAGAGCUUUGGAACAGGAGAAGGCCUUGCACAGAGAGAAAGUGGAGAGGGAGAGAGCUUUGGAACAGGAGAAGGCCUUGCACAGAGAGAAAGAGGAGAAGGAGAGAGCUUUGGAACAGGAGAAGGCCUUGCACAGAGAGAAGGAGAGAGCUUUGGAACAGGACAAGUCCUUGCAGAGAGAGAAAAUGGAGAGGGAGAGUCAUCUUCCUCCAUGGAAGCGUAGUCGUGAGUUUGGUCUUACCCCCCUCCCUACUCCUCCCCUCUCCACAGGAGCAGGUAAGAUGGUGGCAACAGAGGAGGGUGGGGAGCCCAAAGUGCCAUCCCUACCCCAAAAAACAUUAAGAGACAACCGGCCAGCUGAAUCUGGGACGCCCCUGUCACAAUCUCUAGCAACGUCUCUGUCACCCCAGUCCUCCUUCAAGAAGUUCCGUUUCUUGAGAGACCCCAUAGUUCUAUCCCAGUCUUCUGCAUCCGGGGUCAUCAAGAGGCCCCGUACAUUCUCUGAAAGCCCCCAUCCUCAGUCCUUAGCUCUCCAGUCCCCCAUCAAACCUGGGGAACCAGACCAGGAAGGUACUCAGCAGGGGGCCCAGCCUGCUGCUUGGCAAGCAGCACCAAAGAAGCCUGCAAGUCAGGAGGUCCCUGUUUCUGGAGCAGACACGUUGGGGACGACAGGGCCAGAGAGGGAGACCCCAGUGAUUGCCACACUGGGCAAGAGUCCUGAAGAAGAAAAGGGUAAGAGCCUGGUCUCAGAGGAGCAUGUCCAAGCACAUAGAGAGGAGACAGACAAACAGGCGGUGGGAGAGAUGGCCAGAGAAGCAAACGCCCCCUCAGGUCCAGCGGGAGCUGUGCUACCUCCCUCACCCCAACCAGUGGAAGGCAAGGUAGAAAAAGGAAGGGAGAGAAGUCAAAAGAAAGAAGAAAAGCUGGGAAGACUGUCUUCCUCGUCGAAUGACUCCUCAGAUUCUGACUCUGGGUCGUCGUCCUCAGGUUCGUCUGGUUCAUCAUCAUCCCAGGGAAAAACACACACCACUCCCAGUGGUAGAAGGCCUGAGAAACCUCAGACAAACACCAUAUCCCAGGAUACGGAAACGGUUAGUCAACCUGAGGAUCCAACUGAGGCCCCAAAAGCCCCACAGCAUAAAAAGCGAGUAUCUGGGGAGGAGGAAGAGGACAUAAACAUUGAUGGAGCCAGACACAGGAAGAAACCUUUCCUUGGAAUGCAUGCAGGAGAAGACAAUGGGCAGAAGGACAGCGAGGGAGAGGAGGUAAAGACAGACACUAAAAGGGAGGUGAAUGAGGCUGCCAUGGCUGAGCCUAAGAAGGCUCCUGAGAGCAGUGAGGAGUGUGUGACACCAAAAGCAUUCACAGCCCGUAGGAUCUCCCUUAGCAGCAGCAAGGCCUCUCCAGGUGCUGUCACUGCAGAGGGCGAAACAGAGUCUGGGGCUGGGAGGAAGAGGCGAUGGGGAUCCAGCACUGCAGUCACAACCAAGAAAUCAUCCAUGAGCAUCACCACAGACUCUCUGAAGUCUCUGAUCCCAGACAUCAGACUGUGUCCAGGCCAGGAGAUGGUGGUGGAUCUGCACCCAGAGGAGGAUCACCUCUCUGGGGUGGAGGAGGAGGGCAGGGAGCCGGGUGAGCAGGACCUCAAGAUCAGACGCACAGUCACACAGGUGGUCCCGUCAGUGACCCAGGAGAAUGGACAGAAGGAGUCCAAGAGGAGUGAACACGAGGAGGAAGACCGAGAGGAUGGAAGGGAGGUUAAAGGAGACAGAGAGGAGAAGAUGGAUUGCUCAUUCCAGAGAGACUCCAUGGAGAGACAAUGCACCUCUUCCCCCAGCCAUGACAUGGAGAUGAAAACAGUGACCCCCAGUGACACAAUGAUCCGUCGCUGCAUCAGCCAGCAGAAGUCUGGCGUGUCAAUCACCAUAGAUGACCCUGUCCGCAUGGCCAAGCAGCCCUCUCCUCCACGAGGCAAAGUGUCCAACAUCGUCCACGUGUCCAACCUGGUUCGUCCGUUCACCCUGAGCCAGCUGAAGGAGCUGCUCGGUAGGACCGGCACUGUGCACGAGGACGGUUUCUGGAUUGACAAGAUCAAAUCUCACUGCUACGUCACAUACUCCAGUGCAGAUGAGUCAAUUGCCACUCGUGCAGCCCUGCAUGGGGUGAAAUGGCCUCAAAGCAACCCCAAGUUCCUCAGUUUGGACUUCAUUCAGCAGGAGGAGCUGGAUUUCCACAGAGGCCUGCCUCCCCCUGAGAGGGCUGGGGAGGGUGAGCGGGGGGCUGCGGCGGUGCCUGGUCGGGGGGCGGCCCUGCUCCCUCUCCUGCCCGAACGGGAACAGUGGGCGGAGCGAGAGCAUGAGAUGGAGCACAGGGAGAGGACCCGGGCUGAGAGGGAGUGGGACAGGGACAAGGUCCGGGACAUUGGUCCAGGAAAACCUGGAGAGGAAGCGGUCCCCAGACGACCCCGCUCCAGAGAGAGGAAACGCAAGGAGAGGAAGAUGGAUAAGAAAGAGAAAGCUGCAGAUGAACCUCCUGUCAAACUGCUGGAUGAACUGUUCAAGAAAACCAAAGCAGCCCCUUGUAUAUACUGGCUCCCCCUCACAGAAGAGCAGUUUUCACAGAAGGAGACAGCUCAUCAAGAGCGGAUGAAGGAGCGAGAGCAGAGGAAGAAGGAGCAGCAAGAGGAGGUGGAGAAGAAAAGGGAGGAAGAUCGCAAAGAAAGGAUGAAAGCCAUGAGUGCUGCAUCUGGAGAAAGAGGCGAGUGGGAGCGGUACAGAGAGAGAGACGGGGGCAGAGAUGGAGAGAGUGACAAACACAGAGAAGACUGCUACCGCAGACCUGGGGGCAGCAGUGCAGGGGGGGCCAGACGCUCCCGCAGCCGCAGUGACCCCCCACCUCGUGACAGACGACGCUAGAGGGAAUUGGUGUGGCUGGAACUGUCUUAAAAUAACCCCCUCCAUUCCCCAUCACUACAUUUACUUUGUUACAAUAUAAGACCCUACAGUUGACCAACAGAUGUAGUCACUAUCUGUCACUUUUUUUAAACACACACCGACACAGAUAGGGACCAUGGUUUAGCAGUGUUUUCCCCCAGGCUGCUAUCUGUCUUGCUCCAUUAUGAAAGUUUAGAUUUUAUUUCAUUCUGCCUGACUGUUUUCUUUUUUUUGUUUUAUUAUGUUCUUGUGAGAUUGACAGUAAGGCAACCAACCCCCCCAUACGUAAGUGCUUUACGUAGAGUUCUAUGCAUACACACACUGGUUUUUGGCCUUCACCAGUUGUAUGUGUGUGUGUUCCACGACUGGUAUCUGUGGGGUGCUUCAUCAUUGCUGCAUGUUGUCCCAGUCCACUGUGCUCAGCCUUGUGUCCUAGGGAGGACUGACGUGUUUGUGCAGUGUUCUGUCCCCUCUGUCUUUGUUUAGUUUGAGGGAUGAGACUAUUAUCUGCAAGAUAGUAGAAAUGACACGCUCCUCUGAUCUGUGUUUUCAUCUUCUAAAUGCUUCUUUCUGCUCAUCCAAUAGUUCUCCCUGUACGGUCAACGCAAGCUGGAGAAGGGGUGCAUAUUAAAACUCCACACAAAUGGUUUUAAUACUUUUUUAAAUCAUUAUUAAAGCUUUUCUUUUUUGUUUACUCCUGUGAAUGUACAAAUAAAAUAUGUUUGAAAAAGC